CUUUUUCUAUUAGUAGCUUCUCUUAUACUUUGUAAACUAGACCUCAAAUGCUUAACAUUUCACUUGCAAGAUCUACUCUUUUUUUUCCCCUUCAAUUUUCCUUGGGUUUUGGAAAGUUUGGUGGUCAUAAUUUAUAGAUUCCUCACCUUAUACUAUUUUCCAAAAAGUCUUAUUCAGACUCCCCUCAAUUGCUUUUUGAUGCCAUAAAAAACAAACCUCACUUGUUAUUUUCUUUUAUUUUACCAAGAAAACACAACUAGCUAGGCUGCCACUUCUCCUCUAGGUAAACUUGUAAUUUGUAAAUGAACAAGAAAACAUGAGCAGGGAAAUGGGAUUUCUUUUUCCUCCUCCUGAAGCAACAUAUUAUAGAAACUCAAAUUGGUUAUUUGAGGAAAACAAGGAAACAAAAUGGAGUAGUGAAGAGAACAAGAUGUUUGAGGACGCGCUCGCGUUGUUUGAUAAAGAGACUCCUGAUAGAUGGUAUAAUGUAGCAGCAAUGAUCCCUGGUAAGACGGUGAACGAUGUGAUCAAACAAUAUAGAGAAUUGGUAGAAGAUAUUACUGAUAUAGAAGCUGGAUUAAUACCAGUACCUGGCUACACUACAAGUACUAGUAGUAAUUCAUUCACAUUGGAAGAAGGCGUAUUCCACGAUUUCAACAAGCGAUUCUAUGCUCCAUCUGUCAAAAGAAACACAUCAAAUCGAUCUUCUGAAUACGAAAGGAAAAAGGGAGUACCAUGGACUGAGGAAGAGCACAGGCAAUUUCUGUUGGGGCUGAAAAAGUAUGGAAAAGGUGAUUGGAGAAAUAUCUCACGCAAUUUUGUGACUACAAGAACUCCAACACAAGUAGCGAGUCAUGCUCAGAAGUACUUUAUCAGGCAGAUUUCUGGGGGUAAAGAUAAGAGAAGAUCAAGUAUACAUGACAUUACUACUGUCAAUCUUACAGAAGAGAAUCAUACAUCUUCCAAUUCCCCUGAUAAAUCUGUUCUGUCUCCACCAAAAGCCUUAUGUGAGUACAAUUUUCCAAGUCAAGAUGCAGAUAUAGGAUUCAAAACAUAUGGACCAAAGCUGCAUGAACAUGGAAUGCAUAGUGUUAUUCUGCAGGGACAUCAGUUUGGUCGGUACAAUACUAUGUGAUCAACCGUGUACCCUCUUUUCGAGUGUGUUAGAGGUUUGAUUAAAGUAUAUUGUUAGAUUAAGCUGAUUAUGCAGUUGCUGCGAUGAUUCGUAGAGUUCAGCAAGCAAGCUGUCCGAGUUGUACAAGGUUCAGUGAGAAGGUUGAGGACUGUUUCAUGUUAAUAUUACUGGUAAUUCAAGAUGGUUAGUAAUAAGUCAAGUAAUUUAAAUUCUUGAAGAAAAUUGUGUUAGUUUUAGUUUGUAUUUCUUGUUUUUAUCUCUGUAGAAGAGCAGUAUUACAACUUGCAUUUGUAUCCUCUCAUUCAUCAUUCAUUUCAU